AUGACCUGCAAACCACCUUAUGCGCCUGUUACAACAAAUCAGUCCACAUCGCCGAAUCUCGAACAAGAAGCGAUGGCAGAUCCCCUCUCCGUCUCCGCCAGCAUUGCUGGUCUGAUAACAGUUACCGAUGCCGUCUUUAGUCGGACUUUCAAGUACGUGAAAGCCGUCCAAGGCGCUCCAAACGAAGUGUCAUCCUUGACAUUGGCAUUGGGCGCCCUGUCUGGGAUUUUGCAUAAUCUUCGUCUUGUUGCGUCUCAAUUGGAGGGAAAGCCAUUCGACACAGCCAUUCAAGUCAAUCAUACAUGUUCUUGCAUUGAGACUAUGGAGAAGGUCGAGUAUUUCUUCUACUGCGACUACAAACCUCCUACAACGCAGGAUCCUCGGAACACUCUUGGUUCUCUCACGUGUCAACUUGCUGUACAGGAUAAUCAAAGCUUUGGGAAGCUUCAGGCUUUCUAUGCGAAGCACAACCGCCCAGAUCGGCCAUCUGUUGGCUUCGACCUGAGAGAGUUACAUGAUUGA